UGAACCGAGAAUAUGCAGUUUUCUUUUAGUGUAAUUUUACUGGAAGAGUACAUCUGUUUUUUGAGAGAAACGUGUACCUGAAUUGGAAGCCUCAACAUCUGAAUAUACACAGUGGGCAGAUUCCCCUUAAGUUCCAGAUAUUUUUGUGCGUGCUUCUUAGAGACUGGGUGUCCUUCUGUGUCCCAGACUGGAGUUAAUUGGGGCAGUCAUAACCCACGGAAGCCAUGAACUCCUUGGCUCAAACAAGCUAAGGUACAUGCUUGUUUGUAGCAUCAAGCUAAGGUACAUGCUUGCCUUUAAUUGAAUUAUUGAUGGACUCCUCAUCCAGCCACAGCUACAGGCUGUAUACCAUCACUGGUCCUGGAUCAAUAGAUCAUAAACAAACACAUUAAUAUCUCUGCAGGCUAGGCGAGGCGGCUCACGCCUGUAAUCCCAGCACUGUGGGAGGCCGAGGUAGGCACAUCACUUUAGGUCACGAGUUCCAGACCAGCCUGGCUAACGUUUUUUAUGUUAUUUUUAUAAGAUUUUUUAUGUUAUUUUUCGUAGAGACAGAGUCUUGCUUUGUUGCUCAGGCUAGGACUGCAGGGUUUUUUUGUUUUGUUUUUGAGACAGAUUCUCACUCUGUCGCCAGUUGCCAGGCUGGAGUGCAGUGGUGCGAUCUCAGCUCACUGCAACCUCCACCUCCCGGGUUCAAGCAAUUCUCCUGCCUCAGCCUCCCGAGUAGCUGGGACUACAGGCACGUGCCAUCAUCUCAGCUAAUUUUUGUAUUUUUUAGUAGAGACGGGGUUUCACCAUGUUGGCCAGGAUGGUCUCCAUUUCUUGACCUCAUGAUCCACCCCGCUCAGCCUCCCAAAGUGCUAGGAUUACAGGUGUGAGCGACCUCGCCCGGCCAAUUUUUUGUUUGUUAAACAAAGUCUUGCUCUUUCUCCCAGUCUGGAGUGCAGUGGUGGUAUCUCAGCUCACUGCAGCCUCCACCUACUGGGUGCAACGGAUUCUUCUGCCUCAGCCUUUCAAGUAUCUGGGAUUACAGGCACCCACCACCACACCCAGCUAAUUUUUGUACUUUUAGUAGAGACAGGGUUUCACCACAUUAGCCAGGCUGGUCUGGAACUCGUGACCUAAAGUGAUGUGCCUCCCUCGGCCUCCCACAGUGCUGGGAUUACAGGCGUGAGCCGCCUCGCCUAGCCUGCAGAGAUAUUAAUGUGUUUGUUUAUAAUCUGUUGAUCCAGGACCAGUGACGGUAUAUAGCCUGCAGCUGUGGCUGGAUGAGGAUUCCAUCAGUAAUUCAAUCAAAGGCAAGUCUUAUCCAAUCACAUAUUUAAGUCAAUCACUGAUCCCAGGCUCUAUAAAAGGGAGCAGCCUUAGGAAGCUACAUCAGAUAAACCCAGUGUGGAAAGCCAGUCACCCAUGAGCUCAGUGUUCAGCCUCGGCUUAUCCGGUCAAUGAAGGAGGAGCUUGCCAUUUUAAAGAAUCCACCAAUUGUUGAAACCAGUUCCCAGAGAGACAAGAGACUGAAUCAUCAAAAUUAAGUCUCUCUGAGAAUUGAUGAAAAUGGCUUUAGAUCAAAGAAUCUUAUUUCAAUGUGAACCAUCUGAGAAUGAUCUUAGAUCAGGAAAUUCAGAGUUUCCACAAAGCCAAAGACCUACUGCUCAGACAGAAGAAGGGAUUUCUGAGUUCUCAAGAACUGUGCUCCAUUCAUUGCAAGACAGCAAUAAUUCACACGCAAGGCAGGAAUUGCAAAGACUUCAUAGGAUCUUUCAUUCAUGGCUGCAACCAGAAAAGCACAGUAAGGAUGAAAUUAUUUCUCUAUUAGUCCUGGAGCAGUUUAUGCUUGGUGGCUACUGCAACGACAAGGCCAGUGUGAAAGAGAAGUGGAAAUCAAGUGGCAAAAACUUGGAGAGAUUCAUGGAAAACCUGACUGAUGACAGCAUUAAUCCACCUGCCUUAGUCCAUGUCCACAUGCAGGGACAGGAAGCUCUGUUUUCUGAGAAUAUGCCCUUAAAAGAUGUCAUUGUUCACCUCACAAAACAAAUGUCUGCCAAAACGCCAAGAGAAGCAAACAUGGGGACACCCUUCCAGACUUCCCAAGAUACUUCCUUGGAAACAGGACAAGGAUAUGAAGAUGAACAAGAUGGCAGCAACAGUUCUUUGAAAACUACUCAAAUAAACAAAAAUAUUACUAAUCAAGGCAAUCAAAUAGCUUCCCUAAUCAUUAUCCAGGAAGAGAAUGGUCCUAGGCCUGAAGAGGGAGGUGUUUCUUGUGAGAAUCCACGGAACUCAAGAGGAGGAGAGCUAGGCACUGCUAGAUCCCAGGAAGGGUCCAUAAACGGAAUCUCUUUUCAAGCUGUCCCUAUGGAGAUGGGACCAGGGUUUAUCCCAAAGCCAGAGCAGUCCUCCCCUGAGUAUGCCCCCACCCACCAAAGCAAUGAGGGAAACUACACUCGUGGGGUACAUCAGGAAGGAGCCCAUGGAGUUCGAAAAUCAUACAGAUGUGAGGAAUGCCCCAAGGUCUUUAGGUAUCUCUCUCACUUAUUAGCUCACCAGAGAAGACACAGGAAUGAGAGGCCGUUUGUUUGUCCUAAGUGUAAAAAAGGCUUUUUCCAGACAUCAGACCUACGCGUGCAUCAGAUGAUUCACACGGGAAAGAAGCCUUUCACAUGCCGCAUGUGUGAAAAGUCCUUCAGCCACAAAACCAACUUGCAGUCUCAUGAGAGAAUCCACACAGGAGAAAAGCCCUAUACAUGUCCCUUUUGUAAGAGGAGCUACCGCCAGUCAUCCACGUACCACCGCCAUAUGAGGACUCAUGAGAAAAUUAGCCUGCCAAGUGUUCCCUCCACACCAAAAGCUUCCUAAGCUGCUGGUCGGAUGUAAUGUGUAUAAAUACAUAUGCAAGGAUGUAUAUUUCCAUAGAAUAGAAGAUAUGAUUUCCUGAUUAUGCUUUCAAUUUAUUGUCCUGCUUCAUUAAAAUGUAAGGCUAAGCAGAGCAUGGAAUUUAUCAGUUUUGUUCACUAAAGUAUUCUAGGUGGUUGGGAAAGUGGAACACUUGCAAUAACCAAUAAAUUUCUGUUGAAUAAAUUAAUGAAUCCA